CGAGCGAUUAUUCUCUGUCGAUUUGGUGGGGAUGGAAGCCGAAUUGAUCCCUGGAUUGCCGGAGGUGAUGGCCAUGGAAUGCCUCGCCCGCGUCCCCAUCGUCAAUUUAGGUGCCGCCCGCGCCGUCUCGAAGCUUUGGAAAAGCAGCAUCGAGUCGGCCCCUUUCCAGGACCUCCGCAAGUCCACCGGCCUCGCCGACUCUGUCGUCGCCGUUUCCCAGGCACAGGUACCGGAGAAUGAGACCGUGCAUCCUUCCCCGUCCGUCUACCGCCUGUCCUUCUUCGACCCCGCCACCGGGGCCUGGAGCUGCGCGCCUCCCGUCCCUGGCGGCCACCGCUCCUUGCCGCGAUUCUGCCAGAUCGUAUCCGUCGGGUGCGAGCUGGUGGUCGUCGGCGGAUGGAACUCCCUCACCUGGGCCGCGUCCGACGAGGUCCACAUCUUCGACUUGGCGAGCAAAGCGUGGCGCGCCGGGGCCCCCAUGCCCGGCACGGGGCGCUCCUUCUUCGCGUGCGCGGGGUCCACGGAGCGCCGAAUGGUGUUCGUGGCCGGCGGCCACGACGAGAGAAAGAACGCGCUGAGGUCUGCGCUAGCCUACGACGUGGCCGCCGACGCGUGGGUGCGGCUGCCCGACAUGGCGCAGGCGCGAGACGAGUGCUGCGGCGUGCUCGUCCGGGACGCCUUCCAGGUGUUGGACGGGUACCCGACGGAGGCGCCGGCGCAGUUCAUGCGGAGCGUUGAGUCGUUCGAUGUGAAUGCUUGGCGGUGGGGUCCGGUGGAGGAGGAGAAGCUGGAGGAAGCGGUAUGCCCGCGCACUUGCGUGGUAGGCGGGGACGGCAGGCUGUACAUGUGCCUGAAGUCGAGGGGGGUGGCGGCGCUGAAAGAGGGGGAAGGGUGGCAGACGGUGGCGGAGCUGCCCGACGACGUGGUGGCGCUGCAGAUGGUGGCGUGGGAAAGAGGGCUCGUUGUGUUGGGCUCCGGGAACAAGUCCAGGAGCCAGUUCAUCUAUGUGCUGGACCUCAAGGCAGGCAAAAAAAUGGGCAAAUGGCGGAGGUUGGAGUUACCGCGUGAGUUCUCCGGCCAUGUUCAAGCUGCGUGCACCUUUCGUAUUUAGAUUCGCCGCCUUCUUCUGUGCUCUGUUGUCUCCUCCUGUGUUUUGCUUUUCUCAAUCAAUUGUUGUGAUGAUGAAAACUUCGACGAUUAUUAAUAAUUGGUAAU